UUUACGCACAUGCGUACUCAGGUGCGCUAGUCUGAGGCGCGCCGGUAGAGCAACAAUGGCUGCAGCAAUGCGAGUGGCGGCGGCUGGAGCUAGGCUCAGCAUUCUAUCUAGUGGUCUCCGCGCCGCGGUCCGCAGCCUUUGCACCCAAGGCGCCUCCGUUAACGAACGUAUCGAGAAUAAGCGAAGCGCCGCGCUGCUGGGAGGAGGCCAGCGCCGCAUUGAAGCUCAGCAUAAGCGAGGAAAACUGACUGCCAGGGAGCGGAUCAGUCUCUUGCUGGACCCUGGCAGCUUUGUUGAGAGUGACAUGUUUGUGGAACACACAUGUGCAGAUUUCGGAAUGGCUGCUGAUAAGAAUAAGUUUCCUGGAGACAGCGUGGUCACUGGAAGGGGCCGGAUCAAUGGAAGAUUGGUUUAUGUCUUCAGUCAGGAUUUCACGGUUUUUGGGGGCAGUCUGUCAGGAGCACAUGCUCAGAAGAUCUGCAAAAUCAUGGACCAGGCCAUAACUGUGGGUGCUCCAGUGAUUGGGCUGAAUGACUCUGGGGGAGCCCGGAUCCAAGAGGGAGUGGAGUCCUUGGCUGGCUAUGCUGACAUCUUCCUGAGAAAUGUCACAGCAUCCGGAGUCAUCCCUCAGAUCUCUCUGAUCAUGGGCCCGUGUGCUGGUGGGGCCGUCUACUCUCCAGCCCUAACAGACUUCACGUUCAUGGUGAAGGACACCUCCUACUUGUUUAUCACGGGCCCUGAUGUGGUGAAGUCUGUUACCAAUGAGGAUGUCACCCAGGAGGAGCUUGGUGGUGCCAAGACCCACACCACCAUGUCAGGUGUGGCCCACAGGGCUUUUGAGAAUGAUGUGGAUGCCCUGUGUAACCUCCGGGAGUUCUUCAACUACCUACCCCUCAGCUGUCAGGACCUGGCUCCUGUCCGCGAGUGCCAUGAUCCCAGUGACCGUCUGGUUCCUGAGCUUGACACAAUUGUCCCUCUGGAAUCUACCAAAGCCUACAACAUGCUGGAUAUCAUACACUCGGUUGUUGAUGAGCGAGAAUUUUUUGAGAUCAUGCCCAAUUAUGCCAAGAAUAUCGUUGUUGGUUUUGCAAGAAUGAAUGGGAGGACUGUUGGAAUUGUUGGUAACCAACCCAAGGUGGCCUCAGGAUGCUUGGAUAUUAAUUCAUCUGUGAAGGGGGCUCGAUUUGUCAGAUUCUGUGAUGCAUUCAAUAUUCCACUCAUCACUUUUGUUGAUGUCCCUGGCUUUCUGCCUGGCACAGCACAGGAAUAUGGGGGCAUCAUCCGGCAUGGCGCCAAGCUUCUCUAUGCAUUUGCCGAGGCAACUGUGCCCAAAGUCACAAUCAUCACCAGGAAGGCCUAUGGAGGUGCCUAUGAUGUCAUGAGCUCUAAGCACCUUCUUGGUGACACCAACUAUGCCUGGCCCACAGCAGAAAUUGCAGUCAUGGGAGCAAAGGGUGCUGUGGAGAUCAUCUUCAAAGGGCAUGAGGAUGUGGACGCUGCCCAGGCAGAGUAUGUUGAGAAGUUCGCCAACCCUUUUCCUGCAGCAGUGAGAGGGUUUGUGGAUGACAUCAUACAGCCUUCUUCUACACGUGCCCGAAUCUGCUGUGACUUGGAUGUCUUGGCCAGCAAGAAGGUACAGCGUCCUUGGAGGAAACAUGCGAAUAUUCCGUUGUAAACAAACCAAAGGGGGGAAAACAAAACAAAACAAGAGCUGAACCAAGAGCCCAUCCCUGCCUUUGCAAUCAUGACAAUCUGGGAAUCUAAAUACCAGUAAUAGCUUGGAAUAGCUAAAAGUUUAUUCAAUUCUAGGAGAAUCUCUUUUGUGCCUUAUAAAAUUAUUUGCUUUAUUAAAAAUCUUAAUUGGUAUUGAGUAUAAAUUUUCAUUUUUUAUGGUGGAAAUGUGACAAACCAAGAACAUUAGAAAGGAAACAAUAUGUCAUCACCCAGGGCUGACCAUUUUUUGGCACCUGUGAUUCGGAUGUGGUUUGUAUCCUCUAAAGGUGCAUGUGUUGGGAGCUUGGUGUGAAGUGGGAUGUGGGACCUACAUAAGGUGGGAUAUAGUGGAACUCUUCAGGUCAGUUGGGAGACCGUGCUCUCUCACUUCCUCUUUGGCAAUGUGAUCUCUCCUCACAAAUGUGCUUCUGCCAUGUGAUGCAGCCAGAGGGAUCCUCAUCAGAACCAAGCUGAUGUUAUCACCACGUCCUUCAGUCUCUGGAACUGUGAGCUAAAUAAGCCUCUUUUCUUUUUGAAGUUAAGUUUGCCAUAGGUAUUUUGUUAUAGUAAUGAAAAUUAGGCUCAGUGGUGGAUCACUUGUUUAGCAUGUGCCAGGCCCCGCCACCAAAAGAGAACUAUACAAUGCUUUGGUAUAUUGUUUUCCUUUAAGAAUAAUUUUUUAUACCUAAGUGAGAUGUAUUUUUAAGGCAGUUUAUUUCUUAGGCUUCAGCUGUCUUACUGUGAAGAUAGCAGUAACAUAUCCUCUUAAUUCCCAUGUGAAUCACUGAAGGUUAAUGAGGUAUUUGUGAUUGUGCUUGUUUAGCAGAGCAGAUGUGAAGGUGUGUAGUUUGCCAUAUCGACUUAUUUCCAGAAAUAUACUCACAUUUUAAAACUUUGUGAAAAUUUCAAGCCUAUAGAAAUGUUGCAAGUUAUAUUAAUAGCAUUUACCUAUAUUCUUCAGUUAACAUUUUUGUAUUUGCUUCUUUUCAUAAAUAUAUUAAAUAUAUAUGUAUAUAUAAAAACUGAUGAGAAAAACUUGCAUAAUACUGUACUUUAGUUUUUUAAGAACAAAGUCUAUUGUCCUCUAUAAGUUUAUUUUUUAUGAUAUUGGCAUUUUUGAGAGAUGCUUUCUUGCCAUUUUGUAGAAGUACCUCAAUUUGGGUUUUCAUGAUUUGCUUCUGUAUAUUUAGAUAAAAGUAAACCAUAAAUGUGGCCCAUCAGGGUCACAUCAAAAAGCAGUUUCAGUGCUGGGGACUUAGCUCAGUGGUUUCGCUGCCUGCUGCACAAGUGCGAGGACCCCAGUUCAAUCCCUGGUACCAAAAAAAUAAAAUAAAGUAAAAAAUAAAAAAGCAGUUUCAUUAAUAGUUAAUGUUGAUUGUGUGGGUGCAAAAGAUUUUCUACUAAGCUUGCCAUUUUAACUUUGUAACUAAUAACUAAUUUGUGGAGCAUCCUUUAGUUAUUUGUCAACAAACUUUCACUCAGUAGUUUAUUCUUCUUGCCUCAAUCAUUGUGAUUGUAAAAUGUUGUUUCUAAUCUUAUAUCAACAUUUAUCAGAAGUUUAAGCAAUGAACUCUUUUUCCUUUGCAUCAGUUUAGAGCCAUGGAUUCUUUAAAAUGUGUUAUUCUUAGGGUGGGCAUAGUAGCACAUGCCUGUAAUCCCAGCACUCUGGGAGGCUGAGACAGAAGGAUUGCAAUUUUGAGCCUAGCCUGAGCAAUUUAUUGACAUAGCAAGACCCUGUCUCAAAAGGGAUGGGGGAGUAUUAUUGUGGAACUGGGGACUGAACCCAGGAAUGCCUAAGCUAUACCACUAACCCUUUUUAAAAAUUUUAUUUUGAAAUAUUAAUCCCAAUAUUGAGGAGGCUGGGGCAGGUGUAUCACAAGUUUAAGAACAGCCUAAGUAACUUAGGAAGAUGGUAUCUUAUUUAAAAAAAAAAAAAAAAAAAAAAA